GCCAGCCUGCGUGCCACCGCAGUGUGUGCGUGCUGGCGCCAAAGCUCGGCCUCGGCUCUGCUCGUCCUCGGCACACUACACAACAAACAACAACAACAACAAUAAAACAACAAUAACAAGAGCAGCGCGGACCCGCGGCCCCCUCCCCACCCCCCCCGCCCCCCCCGGUUCUCCCCGGACCCCCUCCACCGCCGUGGCACGAUGUCAGAGACGGUGAAGUACGUGGACGACGACCAUAAGAGCAUCUUCCUGAAGCUGCUGAACGAGCAGCGGCUGGAGGGCGAGCACUGCGACAUCGCCGUGGUGGUGGAGGACGUCAAGUUCCGCGCUCACCGCUGCGUCCUGGCAGCCUGCUCCAACUACUUCAAAAAGCUGUUCAAGAAACACGAGGUGGACAACUCUUCAGUCAUUGAGAUCGACUUCAUUCGGUCGGACAUCUUCGAGGAGGUCCUGAACUACAUGUACACCGCCAAGAUCUCCGUCAAGAAGAGAGACGUCAACCUGAUGAUGUCCUCUGGACAGAUCCUCGGCAUCCGCUUCCUGGACAAGCUGUGCUCACAGAAACGAGACGUGUCGGCCGAAGACAAAGAGAAGUUUCCGUACGACAUCGUGAAGAUGGCGCUGCCGCCUGAAGCUCAGCUGGCCUCCGACUCUGAGGUGCUUGGCGAGCAUGAGGACACGCCCACCACGGAUGACCUGGUGGACUCGUCUGCCAGUCAGGAGCUGGAUAAAUCCCCGAGCGCCGCGCUGCGUGUGCAGGAGGCCAUCCUGAAAGAACUGACCAAUGAGGAUGUCCACAAGGUGACCUGCUACGACCAGGACGUAGUGACAGAGAUGGAGGCGGAGCCUAAAGAGCUGGGGGCGGAGCACCACGGCACUCAGACGCUGACGUUCGCGGACAGCAUGGGCGAGGUGAAGGACGAGCAGCCGCCCGGCUGGUCGGCGGCCGCGGCCGACAUGAAGUUCGAGUACCUGCUGUACGGACACCGAGAGCAGCUGGCCUGCCAGGUGUGCGGCAAGAGCUUCCUGGACGAGAGCCGGCUCAGGAAACAUGAGAAGCUCCACUCGGCGGAUCGUCCGUUCGCCUGUGAGAUCUGCACCAAAGCUUUCACCACACACGCUCACCUGAAAGAACACCUGAAGAUCCACACCGGCUUCAAGCCCUACAGGUGUGACGUUUGUGGGAAAUCGUUCAUCCGAGCGCCGGACCUGAAGAAACAUGAGCGAGUUCACAGCAACGAGCGACCCUUCGCCUGCCAGAUGUGUGACAAGGCCUUCAAACACAAGUCCCACCUGAAGGACCACGAGAGAAGACACCGAGGAGAGAAGCCCUUCGUCUGUCCGUCCUGCACCAAGGCCUUCGCCAAGGCGUCGGAUCUGAAGCGACAUGAGAACAACAUGCACAGUGAGAGGAAGCAGCUGAAUCCACUGCAGAGCGACACAGAGACACUGCAGGCCGCCGCCAUGGCCGCCGAGGAGCAACAUCUGGACUCCAUCAGCUGCUCCUAACAUCUGGACUCCAUCUCAACAUCUGGACUCCAUCAGCUGCUCCUAACAUCUGGACUCCAUCUCAACAUCUGGACUCCUGGUUCCUCCAGCAGUUUUAUUGAACUGUUCUUCUGUUCAGUUUCAUGAGCAGAACCUGAAGUUCCAGCAGAGAAAAUAAAACUGAUUUGUUUACACGUCCA